AUGUCGUUCCUCAACUCCACCAGUACAAUAGAGCCGCACUCCCAACUGCCAGAUGGUGUCAAUAGGGAGCAGAGCGUCGGGAUGCUGCAGGACAAUGAUUUUUUCCUUUCCUGCGAUCCGCACCUGAGCAAGUACGAGGCAAAGGGCGAGAUAUCCGAGCCAAAGAUCCCAGAUAGUGUGACCGCACAGGGGCCUACGUUGUCUUAUGAAGUAACAGAUGAGCUUGAAAACAUACCCAAGGGUAUUUGGGGCUCGACUGUGGUCUCCACAUAUGAGUUUACGAACAUCGAACACGGUGUGUUCUCGCGUGUCAAAAGUCCGCUGGGAGUUGUGAUUGAUACUCGUUGGGAGAUCAAGGAGAACGACGGUGGAAAAUUGGACUUGGUUCAAGCCGCUGAGAUCAGUUGCUCAACGGUGCUGAUGUCGCUUGUCAAAGGUCGCUGCGAGGCUGGAUGGGGCAAAAUUCACGCCAAGAUGUUGGAACGGCUUCAGAACGGAGCAAACGGCGGUGCGGCUUGA